CGCGUGCUGUCUCCGCUGAUGCAUGACUAGCAGCUCAUCCUCUGAAAACAAUCAAACUUCGCCUUCGCGCUCAUCCACCUGUUCGAGUGCGUCAGAAGCCGACAAGUCAAUGGGUCCGCUCCGUGUGAUAUCGCCGCAACGCUUCGGCCUGUCCGUGGCCCUCGCCUUCCUCGCCGUGUUGCUAUUCUGCCUCAACGGGGAGCUGCUCCAGUGGCUGCAGAGCCGGGGAGCUCAGCGAGUCAGUCCCAUGCUCAACAUCUGGCUGUGUCACGUCGGAGGCGUCCUCUUCGUUCCCUUCUACCUCUCGCUGUUCCGCGGCAGCAACAGUGACGAGCAACAAAAUGACGACGGUCGUGAGAUGGACGAGGAGAUGACGGGCGUGUGGUUCCACACGAGACAGGAUGACGGGAGGUGUACGCGGCGGGCGGGGAGGGGUGGUGUCGGCAUGAGGAGUGUGCUGAUCAGCCAGGAGCUCACUGGGAGGCGGUUGGUGGUGCUCAGUGUCGUGCUGUCUUUCGCCUUAAUAGCGUACAACUAUUGUUGGUCUCUGUCGGCUUACUUUGUCCCUGGUGAGUGCGUGAAACCGCUCGAAUUCCAUUAUCUGGCUCACGUGCAUGCCUGUGCUUCUCGUGUCGUUCAGUUAACGUGACGAAUGCAGCGUUCCAGACAUCCGUGGCAUUCGUCUACUGCGCGUCGGUGGUCUUUCUGCGGUCGGCACUCACGACGCCCAAAGUGCUGGCCGUCAUCGGCGCGCUGGCUGGAGCAUACCUCGCAUCGGUGAGAUGAGACCAGCAGGCCGAUGUGUCGAUCCCCUCUUUGUCCAGACCGUGGCUUUGUCCUGUUUUUGGUGUUGCUCAGUCUCCCAAUGGCAGUGUGUUGUGGGUGGAGGGGCACGAGGGGCAGGGCGCCAAGGGUGUGACACUGGGCGUCUUCAUUGGCCUCACGUCGGCGUUCCUCAACGCUGUCUAUCAAGUGGGAGCGAAAAGACGGGCACAUGUUGCAUUAUUCUCAUGUUUCUCAUGGGCUGUUGGCUAAUGUGUAGGUUGGGUUCAAGAAGACGUUCAGGAACCCCGACAUGCACUUCAUGGGCUUGUAUGGGAUACUGGUUGCCCUCGCGCAUAUCGUGUUCAUCCUGCCUGUGGUGGCACUCUUCCACUUUGCCGGAUGGUCAGUCAGCACACACGCAAUGACAUGACGCCAUGCAGCUCUUAUUGUCGUUUGCUCUUCGUGUCAUUGGUGUGUUGAUGUGCAGGGAGCGCAUAGAGUUUCCCACGGAGCCGUCGAUGGUCGUCGGUGUGGUUGUGAGUGCGGCGGUGGCAUUCGGUGUCAACUGCCUCAGCGUGGUCGUCAUCGCACUCCACUCACCCCUGCUACUCACAUGCGGUAAGCCAACCAAAUGCAUGGGUACACGACAAAUUGACCUUUUUCUCAAUGCUGUGUGAAUGCAGCUUUCGCGCUGGCCAUCCCGAUCAGCCUGUUGCUAGACCUGUCGCUGCACUCCUCCCUCACACACAUCUCCCCGACAGCUAUCAUUGGCGACCUCAUGAUUGUCGUCGCAUUCCUCAUUCUCUCGGGAGUCACUGACCACCCAGCCGUCUCGCUUUCGUCAAUACGGGACAUCUGUGUGGUGUCUGUGAGCCGGAUUGUGAGGAUGGCCACCAGAAGAGGGAAGGGGCCGCAUGUGGAUGAUGAUGACGGCGAGAAUGCGGAGACAGCGGCACGGAAGCGGGGAUCGUCUUUCGCCUAUAUGCCACUGGUGAGCAAGAGUCAAAAUUGCCAGGAGUGCACAAACAUAGAAUACCAUGUUUUGUCUGUGUGAUUGUCAGCCUUUGGACACAGUAGUGGAUCUAUCGGUGGACUCACAAGACAACACACCAUCAGCGCCGACAGUGUCGCCGGCAGCCUCAUCAUCGUCAGGAGGCAGCUCAUCGUCGACACUAGGGCUGGGCUUCGAACCACGCAGCGCGGCAUCGAGACAGCAGGGUGGCGAUACGGGAUUGGGAGGGAGGGGGAGGCAGGCGCAGUGAGUGAAUGAAGUGGGCCAAGCGAAGCUUGAAGCCCUCAAGAUUUCCUCGGUCGGUAUAUGUAUUUGUCAAUCAUCAUGUCGACAGACAGACAAGACAUUGACACACUGGUAGAUAGACAGCGAGCUCAUCGCUGCUGGUGUACAGGCUGUGAGAUCGUGAAGGCUGCUGUGAGAGGUUUUUCCCUUUUGUGGAUACACACGCAGCCAGCGGCAUCAAUGAUCGGUUGGUCCAUGCAUACGUGGGGGCGUGAGCCUCUUGCUGUUGUUGGUCCAGCUGCCUGAUGCCACGACGUUACAAGGAAGGGCACAAAGAGUGCGCCUUCUUUGAUAGAGACAUUGACAUUCCAUUGUGUGCGCUGCACAUACAUGUGCUGAUGCGUUUUUUGGGGUCAAGUUGGAACCACGCGUGUUUCGUGUGCGCAUGUGUCUGUGGAUGCUUGUAUGUGUGUGUGGUGUUUUUAUCCCUCUGUGUGUGUGGGACCGAUGCCGGACGGUGGCGAAUGAAUCAUAUCUCAUGUA